GCUAUAGUGAAGACCGGUCAAGUCUGCCAAUUCUACACCGAAGUCUCCAGACUCGGGCUCCAAGGCCAUGCACCUCAUCCCCCGCGGUCUUUGGUAGCUUCGCUUGGCCGGGAAGUCGAGAAGUACGACCAGUUGUGCGAUGCCAUGGAGGCACAUUUGGUCCGCGCGAUUGCCGUACUACAAAGGGAUAUCGACCGUGAACGGAACCGUCUGAAAGAGGCUGAACUAGCUGCAAAGGCCUCUGAAGACCAGAAGAAAGCCGAGAAGCAAGAGGCUGCUGCAUCCGCCUUACCCGCUUCACCCUCUAGUGAACAAGCCACGCAGCUCGCCACAGAGGACGUCAGCAGGCAGCCCCCGCCGAACAGGACUCCGCAAAUGACGCCUCCCAGCGGCGCCCUAGCACCCUCCCACAGUGGCCGGCGGCCAUCCGCCAUUUCCCUCUCCUCCCUCCACCGCCCCGCCUUCCCUCACAAGCUCGAUCUCUCAUCGACCGCGCUCAAACUCGACGAAACCGACAUCCUUGGCCAGAACCCCCUGGCCUCCCCCGUCACUUUAGCGCCGAGAUCGGCUCGGCCGACCGCUGCAUCUGAAUUCCCGCCCGACUUCCUGACCGCUCUGGCGUCUGCCGACGCGUCUGAGCGGUCCGUCGACAUCGACCUGUCAGGCUCGGAUCCCGUACCAUCGACGUCCCACGAGACGGGCGCGGGCAGCUCGGCGGAUAUGCCUAUCGAGCUGGAUCUCGAUAUGGACCUGGGUAAUAGCGCAAACCUGGUCGACGAUAUGGCGAAGAACUUAUUUCGCAACUCCGCGCCGUCUGACAACAAUGCGAACGCUUCGGUACAGGACCUCAUGAACCAAGCCCAGUCUGCUUCGGCUGGUCUCGAUGGCGCAGGAAGUCAACAGCAAGACGGCAUGGAUAUCUUCAAUGCGUUGUCCAGCUCGGACCAGACUCAGGAAGGCCACGAGAUCUUUGGGUCGCUGCAUGGACCAGAACAGGGCCAGGAGAAUCCUCCGCAGGGUCAAUCUCACCUUGAGCUAGGGUCUGGCAUGCCCAGCUCCUCCAACUCAGCACCGUCCCCCGGCUCCAUCUUGGCUGGGUUGAACCCUUCCUCUGCCGCUCCUGACGCCGCCUCGCAAUCCAUGGAUCAAGUGCCCGCGUUGGGAACGCCUUUCGGAAUGAAUUUAGACCUGUCAAACAUGUCUAAUUUCGAUCCCGACUUCGACUUUGGUCAGGCUGAGAACCCUAAUUUCGCUGAAAUGGAGGCAUUAUUCGACCUUACAGGCGAACCCGAGGGUGAGCGGCCCAAGGAGGGCUCGUAG